AUGAUUGAUUAGCGUAGUGCUACUCAGUUGGAUCUCUCAUUUAACGUUUAGGCACCCCAUCAACUUUUGCCAUAUGUGCGGUGAUAAAGUGGCUUCGCACCUGUUCCUCCUUGACGCGCUGGAAACCCAUGACUACUCGGGAGGUGUGCGCCUUCGAGUGUCUUAAAGCUGUUUAGGGACUUUUUUAGUGUGGGCUUCAUCGAAACCCGCAAUAUUAUAUAAUAAAAAGAUGCCGGGAACUCUUAGCAAGAGGGAAGAACUUGAAAGGUUAUACGCAGAGCGAGAAAAUAUAGAAAAGUCUAUUGCCGCACAGUUAAUUGUUUUGCAAAAUGAGGGUGUUGGUAUGCUUGAUCAGCUUGUCGAUAGCGAAGGUUUUCCCAGAGCAGAUGUCAACGUGCAUUCUAUCAGAACAGCCCGUUCGAUAAUAAUCAGGCUUCGGAACGAUCUUAAAGAAAUUGAAGUACAAAUUAGUGAGUGCGUUUCCGAGGUUUUUAAAGAAAUUGAACAGCAGAAUUCUAUCGAAGCUACAAAUUCUGAAUUUGAAGCUAAUUCUACUGAUAAUUUGGCUUCUGGCAUCAAAAAUAUAAUAAAAAAACCGUUUCUUACUGUUUCUGGUGUUCAUUCAUCGUCGCCUGCAUAUGCCUGCGGAUUAAAAUCUGGUGAUCGUAUACUUUCAAUUGGAUCUGUUCAUCAAGGAAACUUCAUUUCUUUGGAGACUUUAAGUGAAUAUAUUAAACAUUAUGAAAAUAAAGAACUUUUCAUUUCAAUUAUUCGCAAUGAAGUUGAACUUCAACUGACUUUAAUUCCUAAAGUCUGGUCGGGAAGAGGCUUAUUGGGAUGCCAUCUGACACCUUCAUAAAGAUUUAUAGAUCUUUAAUUAAUAAACUCACCUG